CGGAUCCAAGGAUAAAUUAAAGCUCCGUCUGCGACCAAGACUAUACUCCAGAAAGAAGCACAGCAAGGCAAGGCAUCCGAGCAGUACGACAGGAAACUGAACAAGCAACUAAACCGAUCGUUGCUAGCAGCUUGGAGUUGGAUCCUUCCACCAUCACCAUGGACGGCAACAACCAGAUCCAUGAUCCGCUGCUUGCGACCGUGCCCAAGGAGGAGACCAUCCCGGCUGCCGUCCGGCGGGCCAGUGGAUGGGCGCUCUUCACUGCCUGCGGCACCCUCCUCUCGUUCGCCGCGGGCCACGCGGCCGCCUACGCAGUCGGCCAGUACCAAGUCUGCUCCACCCAGGUCGGACUACGUAACUACACCCGCUUGGUUGGUUUCUGGACAAUCCAAACUUUCCAUCGAUGGAUCCAUCCAUCAUAUUCAAGAUGGUUCAGUGUGGUGUUCGUCUGUAUGCACACGCCGUUCGUCCUGCGGUGCGUCCUGUGGACCGACGCGCAGGCCGCCGACGACAGCGCCCUCUGGUUCGGGAUGCUGUGCUGCGCCCUCUGGUUCGGGAUGCUGUGCUGCGCCCUACUCCAGGCGGCUGCCGCGGCGCUGGCGCUUCACCUCCCGUGCCGCCGCCACUGGGUCCGCCGCGCCCUCGCCUUCCUCGCACUCGUCGUCACCUUCGUCGGCCAGUGCAUGUACGCCGCCGCCGUCCGCCUCCUCCUCGCCGUCGACCCAGGAUACAUCAUCGCCAGGAUCUUCUGCACGGCGAACAUCGUCAUCUUCGCGGGGGGCGACCUCAUCUGCUUCCGGGGCCUCCUCCUGGGAGGUGACAACUGAUGAGCAGGGCGUAGGCAGCCGAUCGAUCAGUUCGCGCGUUCAUGAGGUACGGAUGAAGUCAUGACUACCUAGCUUGUUCUAAGGAAUAAGAAAAUAGAGUAUGCAUUAUGCUAUGACCAUUGAUGGAGUGCGGUAUGUCUGAAUUUAUUAGUGUUAGUUGGAUGGAUUGACUAUACUCCGACGUCUUUGAUGUAUAUAUUGGACCUUUUCAUUUCCCUGCAGUAUGAUUAUCAGACUUCAGACAUGAGUUAUAUGUUCCAGCUUCGGUACAAUUGUUA